CCAGAAGUGAUAGAAAGCAAGGGAGAGGGAGAAAGCGUGAGGAGUGAUUUACUGGGGAGAGUAGCUACUGUAGCAGUUGCAGAGAGUGAGGAAGGAGAAGGAGAAACAGCAGUGAGAGGAACAGAAGAGUGCCUCGGCUCUGCAGACGGAGAGGGAGACAAACUCGUGGACAGCCCUCCUCAGCUCUCACUAAUCUGUUCACAGGGAAAAUGCUCACUUGCAUUCUCAGCCAAAGAGGGACAGGCUGCAUCUGAGGAAAGCUGCAGCAGCAAAAUGCCACACAACUCGGCCGAGACUGAAAUUAAGGGACAGAGGGAGACGGCCGUUCGUAGUUCAGACACAGAGAUCUCGCCAGCUGAAGAGGGAGGCGCGGAAAAGGAGGUACCCCAGUUAGAAGCCUUCAUCAAUACCUCUCCCGUUGGACUGCUCACCGGUUCUGACUGUCAGGAUCACAGAGCUGCGGGAUCGGCGAGAGUAGGAGAGAGAGGAGGAGGAGGAGGUGAGGAGGUGGGAGAGAAAGGAGGGCUGGCUAGAGAGCACAGUUCAUUCAGCCAGCCAGAAGGCUCUGCUAGUGGGGUGUCAUCAGCCGAGACUGAAACGUGUCCGCCCACCGAUGUUGCCGAGUCACAGCUGAAGUCACAGAGCUGGAGUGAGCCGAUUGCUACCAUCACCGAGAGCAUCUGCACUGAACAGGAGCGUCUCUUUCACCCCUGCCAGGAGCACCGUGGCGCAGCAAUUUCACCUCUCCCCUCUCACGUUGAACAGAGCUCCAGCAAUACUAAUGGAGUGGUGAGGUCUGAUCUCAAGCAGAAUUUGAUUUUGGAGGAAGCACUGUCUUCGGGACUCACUUAUGAGGAGUCAUCCAUCACAGAGACAAACUCCGGCCAAGUCUUCCUGCCUUUAGUCUCACCUCAGCCUUUGACUACUUCGCAACAAAUCCCAGACAAGCAACAAGCAAGCAGCAAUCAACAGGUCCAGCCUAGUAGCACAACAGAAGUGACAGCAGCCGAAAGUGCAGCGACCUUCCAAGUCCAAGUCUGUACCCAGAGCAACAGUGGUAGCCCUGCUAUGUCUGGAGAGGGUGUGUGUUUACGUGGCAGCAGUGGAGGUAACAACAGAGUUCACUUUGCCGACAAUGUGGAUCUCAUCAGCAUGUCAGUGUCGACUUUGGACUGCGCCUCUUUGCCUCCAUUGACUGUUCACGAGAGUUUGCAUCAUCCUGUUGUUGAGGUCAGCUACACCUUCCCAGAUUUUCUCUGCUCAAAAAAGCCAGAAAUCCCCACAAUACCAGCUCCUACUAAGGAUGAAGCAGCAAUACAGAGGUCAGCUGACUAUCCAAAGCCACAGAAGCAUGUCCGGUUCAAGAAAGGAGAUGUGGAGACUAAAGAUACCAAGGAGAACAUUACCGUAGCUCGCUCAGGUAAUGACAACAUGGAGACAGACUCUGCAGAUUUACAGUCGGUUACUGAGGCUUCGUUAAAACAGCUUGUAUGUCCUACUGAGAAGAAUCAGACCGCUGAUGAAGCAGGAAAAGCUGUUUCUGAGUCUGAUCAUCUAAGAGUGGAGCAGGUGACAGUAAAUGUGACAGAGCAAGAAGAGGUGGAAGAAAAGAAAGGUGCAGUAUGUUUGUCAAAGGAAGAAGAGAUUAAGAAGUUACAAGCUGAAUCUAUAGCCUCUAUUAAGACUGACCAGCCUUUAGCAAGUGAUGUUACUGUCUCUGAAGAAAAAGAAGUUAAAGAGCAUCCUGUUUCCUCAAGUUUUGUGCUUCCAGCGGACGAUGUUACCUGCGAGCCAUUAAGUGAUGUCUCCACCGAACCCCCUGUCGAGCAGCUUCAUGCUGAUCUAAGCUGUAGCUCAAAGUGUGACGAUGUGACCUUGACCUGUGCAGCCUCUCUUCAGACGACAGCAAGUGAUCCCAGUUAUCAGACUCCCACCCAAUUAGUUGAAACACCUCUCAGUGGACUUGCUAACACAGAUCUCAUAAAGGCUAGUGAUCGGCCUAAUGCCACAACUGACUCUGCUGAUCUGACUAAGGAUGAAUCAGUGACUUCAGAAGCGACAGCCUCUUUCCCGUCGAGUCCUGUUGUUGGACAACGUGCCAGUAAUCCUACUUUUGUGCUGCAACCUCCUGGCCCAAUGUUGAGUCACUUGGAGUUCAUUACUGACUGUGAUAUAUUUCUUCCUGAGCAGACAGAUGGUGAUGGUGACAGCAUCGACGUCUCCAGAGGGGUGGAUGGGAAUAAGAGCAGGGAAAUGACCCAAACGUCUUCAGCACAGGAUCCGGAGUACAGUGACGUCAUUGUUAACACAGAUGAACUUUAUUCAUACCGGGUGGAUAGAAACGAUGCUACAGAGUCUGCUGCUGAACUUGAGAGUUUUGGUACCAAUGAUGUAAAUAUCCAGUUUUCACAAGAGGAAAACUUGCCUCGUCCCACCGAACCUUCUGGUGCAGUUGGUGCACAGGCAAAGGGUGAAUCUGAUAAUAUAAUUUCUCUCACUCACACAGAGCCAGAAUCAAUUGAACCUGUUAUUUGUGCAGCAUCCAUUAGGGAUGACCUCAUAAAUGUCAGCUGCUCACUCGGCCCUGAUCUGCCUACCGAUGAGACUUAUGAUGAAAUUAAACAAGACAAUAUGAAAGAAAAACAAAAAAUGGGAGAUCAGACCUCCGCAUUGUUUGAAGAGAAAAAGAAACAUGUUGAAGAAGCAACAGUGGACAAUCAGAAGGAAGCAGCGGACAACAGUGAACUGCAGACAGGAAAGACAGGCACAACACCAACACAGAGUAAUGGACCAGAUAAAGAGGCUGUAGAGGAAAUUGGAGCCCCGCAGCCACCACAUAAGCAUAAAGUACAAAAGACUGAGUCACCAUUAGGGGAUAUAAAGAAGGAAGAAGAAAGGAGGAGGGGUUUUGCAUCUAAAAGCGAGCCAGAAAGUUGUUCCUUAUCUCCCAGCAGAUCUUUAGGGUCAUCUGAGGACAUGCUACACGCUGAGGUAGAAUCUAGUAGCGAACCUCAGGCUGUUUAUGACCAGACUUUGUGCCAAACUCUAACAGCAACACUGGAAUGCAGCUCUUACACCGACACUGCACCAGAUUUGUGUGCAGCUCUUGGCCAAUCACAGUCCACACCAGAUCCAAACUGUUUUGCGCAGCAACAAGAGCAACAGCAACAGAGUCUGGGAUCCAGACGUCCCACAGAGGAACUGUCAGGUGUCUGUCUACAGGGGGGAGAAACGACCGAACAUACAGGAGUAAAAAGGGCAGCAGAGGAAGGAGGCGACUCUGUUGGGGAUUUGCGUCAAUCAGGAAGCAAGGAUAAGUUGACAGGUGAUAAUGGCAGUGGCAAUGAAGGCACAGUAGUUCAGGAGAAAGGCGAGGGACUGCAAGCUUUAGUAGUUGAUGGGGUACAUGUGCCGUCUCACCUUGCUAGUGAUUUAAAUGAGAGUGGAAGGAGUGCUGAGAAAAAUGCCUCAGCCGACACAGGAACGGCAAUAGAUUGCCCUCAUGUAGGUGAGACGAGAGAGGGGAUAGAUGGGAGUAAAAGCCCUGGUUCAGUGGUAGGUGGGUCAGAUACAGAUUUAAUGCCAGACACUGAAUUUAUGAGUGAUCUGGAAGGAAAAGGUCAGCAAAAAAGCAAUCUAUCAGCUGCCUGUCAAGAUCAAUAUAGAAAACCUGAGGUGUCAAAGAGCACUGCUGCAUCUGUUGAGCCAGCUUCACAGCGACAUGAGAUUUCACCUGUCCCCAUUUCUGUUUCAUCAAAGGUCAGCACAGAUAGCUAUGACAUUCAAACAGACAUUAUUCCAAGCUCAAACCAGACUGAAGAAAUUCCUACAAAGUUAUUCAGCACUCUGCCGGAUCCUGCUGGGCAACUGGAAACUGUGGAAAAGGAUUUCAGUGCUGCAACGACUGUGAAAAGCAACAGCAGUGAAACCGGGGAGUGUGAAAUUCAGGAUACAGUGUGCAGGCCUCUAGAGCUCCAAGGCUCCAAUAAAACUUCAGCCACACAAAGCAGCUCAGUAGUACAAACACCCAUAAAAGGCCCCGAUGUAGAGGAGAUCACAAAAGAAGAUAAAGCUGCUUUGGAUGAAGAGAAAGUUAGCAGCCAGGAGGAGAAAGAACAAAGUGAGAUAAAAGUAAUAGACAAUGAAGCAAUAGAAAAGCAGGGGGUUGUAAAUUUAACUGGGAGCGCUAAAGACAGUGGGUCAGAAUCAAUGAAAGUGUCAGGCUACUUUCAAAGUGAGGUGUCACACAGCAGCACAGAGAUGGUUCACUCAGAGGGGAGCGUUGGAUUUUCUAAGGCAGCAGAAAGUGACAGUGAUAUAAAAGAGAAAAUGACUGCUGAUAUUACCGUAGCUCCAUCUGACCCCCUUGUAGCCCCUACCCAGUCAGAAAAACCCACUGAGCAGGUGUCAGAUUCAAAGCCCGAGGAUGAUAUUAUAGUACACCCCACUGUUGCUGCUUCUCAUUGUGAAGAAAAAUCACUCGAAAUACAUCCUGCCUGCGCUUCUCCUGUUGAACAAGUGUCAGGGAGUCCUCCCACUGGACUAACAGCCCAGGAGCCAGAGACAAGCUGGAUAAAAGCACUAAAAGAAGCUGCUUCCCUCUCUCAGAGGGAGCAAGUGAACACAGUGGAUGCCUCAAGACCCCUCCCAUCUCUGGAGUCUCCUCAACUGGAGUUUCUGACUCCAACUGAGGAGGUAGCUGCUCCUCUGAGACAAGAGGAGAUCCCACCACCAGAGCAAGCAGCAGAGAAGACAACAGAGAUCCAAUGUCUCCUGAAGAAGCCAACUGACCUUCCUGAACCUCUAAAAAAGACAACAGAUCCUCCAGAGCCAACAAAACAGACAGCAGAACUUUACAAACCAACACAGAGCAUAAAAGCAGAGUUUGCAGAAGAACCCAAAAACGGAGAGCUCCCAGAACCAGCCAAGAAAGAAGAGGAGCCUCCAGAUGAGUUUCCAGAAGAAAAGAAGCCAGUAACUUCUCUGGAGGAAGCAGCUGAGAUCUUCACACCAACAAAAAUACCAGAGCAGAUCCCAGAACCAGUGAAAAAUGAGGUAGAAUUUCUAGAGCCGGCAAAGGAUGAGGAACCAGAACCAGCAACAGAGACCAUUCAACCAGAGCAGGAGCUGAUCAGUGAGCUGACAGAGGAACAAGUGGAAAAACCAGUAGAGAUCCCACCUGUGGAGACAUUUACAGUCCCAGCUGAGAAAACCACAGUGACAGAAACAAUCCAAGAGCCUGCUGAGGAGCUACAAGACAGUGGGCCCUCCCUCGCUGAGCAGGCACAGAGAGGUCACCCUGUCCAUCCCGCCUCUCCCCCACCUCCUACCUUUGACCACCACAUCCUGCCCGCCCUGCCUUCUCACCUCCAAGAUACUUCAGAGAUCCCUACUCUUUCUUCCACCCCUCCGGAGAGAGACACCUCUGAAGCUCUACCGACCCCACCUGCAUCCCCCAGCCUUCCUCCUCCAGUUUCUGCAUCCCCUCCUGCACCUCCUACUCACCCCUGUGAGGACCUUCACCCUGCUCCUGCACCCUGCCCUGUCCCUAUAAGGUCUUGAAACAUCGACCAACAACCCAUUUGAGACCAGAAUCCCAUCAAUGUUCAUCAGUUAAUGGACUUUAUGUUUACAUGCAAACGCACCCCUUUUUCAAAUGUGGUGUUAGGUUUGUACAUGAACACCAGAUUUUGUGUUUUGCAGAGUUCUUUGAGUCAUUUUCUGCCCUGACAGGCACAGAUACGACACCUGAAACCUCAAUACGGCAACUUUGUGCGACUACAAGUCCUGCAGGCUCGAGUUUUUGUACUGAGCCCUCAAUUCUUGACUUUCCCAUGAGUGCACAAUGGAUUUAUUCUUCUCAUAUUUCCAAAGUGUCUCUUUCCCAUUGCCUUGACAAUCAAUGGGAAAAUUGUUGAACCUGUUUCUGCUCUUGUUUCUGCCCCGCAGGACAUAUUCUAUGUGUCUUUCACACGCAGAUGACUAAAAAAAGAGAAACUGGAAGACAUGGCUAGACUUUACGGUCUUUAAUGCAGAUGAAGGUUUGGAGAGAGUGGCAGUAAAUUAGAUCAGUGGCCCAGCCUGCUGCCAGGACUCAUCACAGAGACAGUUUAGCAUAACAUUUAGAUGCUCAUAUGUCAGGAAGCAUAGAUCUUUGUUCUUGAGCAAAGAAUAUAUAUGGUAAAGCAAGGGGGAGAUAUCUGUAAUCUCAGCUCUUUCAGUUUCCUUCUUUUCUUUCUGUAAUGCCUUUUUUGUUCACAUGUGCUGUUACGGAAUUGCUGGUGGACUGGCUUGAAUGAAAGAGAAUAAAAUAGGGUCACAGUUGAAUAACA